AUGGGUCUACAAGCAGCCCUAGGCCUUGGAGUAAAAGAGGUAGAGGUGUACGGAGACUCAGCAUUAAUAAUCUCUCAGGUACAGAAUAAGUGGAAGAUCAAAGAAGAAAGACUUAUGCCUUAUCAUCAAUGUCUUCAAAAGUGGGCAUCAAAAUUCAGCAAGAUCCAAUACCAAUACGUGCUGAGGAUGCAGAAUCAAAUUGCAGAUGUUUUAGCAACCAUGGCAUCCAUGAUGGAUGGGCCAAAAGAAGAUGAAGCUAGACCGAUAAUGUUGGAACAAAAAAAAGAACCAACCUACUGCAUGACAAUAGAAGAAGAUGAGGAAAAGAAUAGGGAAGGUGAAUGGUAUUCAGACAUCUUACAAUACCUCAAGGAUGGGACAUACCCGAAACCUGCAGACAAGAAUGAUCAGUUAACCAUCCGAAGGUUAUCCAUUAAUUACAUCAUUUAUGGAGAAAAGCUUUACAGAAGAUCAUAUGAUGGAAUUCAUCUCCUUUGUGUAAUCGUUAAGGAAGCACAACAAAUAAUGGAAGAGGCAAUCCUUCCCAUUGAGAUGGGUGUCCAUUCACUAAGGACAAUACUGGAGAGUGAAAUCUUUGAAGCAGAUUGGUUGCAAAGUAGAUGUGAUCGGUUGUGCAUGCUAGAUGAGAAAAAACUCAAAGCCUUGUAUCAUAUUCAAGGUUACCAAAAGAGGCUUAGGAAAGCUUUUGACAAGAAAGUGAGAACCAGAGAUUUGAAAUUGAGGGACUUAGUGUUGAAGGAAAUUUGA